AUGAGACUUAUCGUCAGAGAAGAUCCGACGGCGGCGUCACAAUACAUUGCGGACCACAUCGCCCACAGCAUCAACAACUUCAAAUCGACACCCUCCAAGCCUUUCUUCGUCCUCGGAUUGCCAACGGGUGGUAGUCCAAAGAUUAUCUACAGACUUCUUGUGCAGCUUUAUAAGGUCGGCGAUCUUUCCUUCAAGAAUGUCACGACUUUCAACAUGGACGAGUAUAUGGACAUCCCCAAGCACCAUCCGGAGAGCUACCACACUUUCAUGCAUGAUCACUUCUUCUCGCAUAUCGACAUCGACCCUGCCAAUAUCAAUAUGCUGCGUGGUGAAGCCUCGGAUCCCGCAGCCGAAUGCCUCGAGUACGAAGACAAGAUCCGUCGCGCGGGCGGCACUGACUUGUUCCUUGGCGGCGUUGGACCGAAUGGCCACCUCGCCUUCAACGAGCCGGGGUCGAGCUUCGCGUCGAGAACGAGGGUCGUGACUUUGGCGCACGAGACUCGCGUCGCCAAUUCCCGAUUCUUCGGCGGCGACGCAGCCUGCGUGCCUGAGGCCGCGUUGACGGUCGGCGUCCAAACAGUGAUGGAGGCCCGCGAAGUCGUUAUCAUCGCCACCGGUUCCAACAAAGCCCUCGCUCUCCAAAGAUGUGUCGAGGGCGGCGUCAGCCACAUGUGCCCCGUCUCCAGCUUACAGAUGCAUCCGAACGGCAUGAUUGUCGUUGAUGAAGCCGCCACUGUCGAGCUGAGAAUAUCGACGGUGAGAUACUUCAAAGACAUCGAAGCCGACAAGUGCGGUCCAUAG